UGACGAAGAGGCAGCCAGCAACGAUAAUCAAACAUCCAGCAUUGAGUAAGCUUGCACAUGGUGUUUCAGUCUCAUUGAAAGAAGUUCUCAAGAGGUCGAGUAAAGAACAGCGACUUGAAUCUCAGGCGAGUUGAGCUGGGCCUCUCCUCUACGUCAUUUUUUUUUACACUUCAGAGAGCAGAGAAGAAGAGAUUAGAAUCAGUGAGCCUUGUUGUGUCCAGCUGAUUUUAAAGACAACAUGAUGACCAUCCGUGCUUGGUGACGUGCUGCUCCCUCUGUCCUUGUCCCUGUCUCCAGCCCUGCCUCCAUCCAACCCGACCCAUCACCAUGGGGAUUAAGAAGGACGCCGACACCUUGUCGACUGGCUCCAUGCGUUUGAAGCAGGAGAUCUCCCUGCUCCACGGGGUCUGCCUCAUCGUGGGCAACAUGAUCGGCUCGGGCAUCUUCGUGUCUCCCAAAGGGGUUCUCCUCUACACCGGCUCCUUCGGCCUGUCCCUGGUGGUGUGGGCCAUCGGCGGGGUCUUCUCCGUGUUCGGGGCUCUGUGCUACGCCGAGCUGGGAACCACCAUCCACAAGUCUGGGGCCAGUUACGCAUAUAUCCUGGAGUCCUUUGGAGGCUUUCUGGCUUUUAUUAGGCUGUGGACGUCCCUGAUGAUCGUGGAGCCAGCCUGCCAGGCUGUCAUAGCUCUCACCUUCUCUAACUACCUGGUGCAGCCCUUCUACCCCACCUGCACAGCCCCCUACGAUGCUGUGAGACUCAUAGCAGCAGCCAUCAUCGGUCUCCUGACAUGUGUGAACUGUAUGAAGGUGAAGUGGGGGGCCAUCCUCCAGGUGGUCUCUACGGUAGCUAAGGUCCUGGCUCUCAUCGUCAUCAUCGUCGCUGGGAUGGUCAAGCUGGGACAAGGCCAGACACAGAACUUUGAGGAUUCGUUUAAGGGUUCUAAACUGAACCCUGGGGACAUGGCUCUGGCUCUGUACGCUGCUCUCUACUCCUAUUCCGGCUGGGACACACUCAACUUUAUCACCGAGGAGAUUAAGAACCCGGAGAGGAACCUCCCGUUGGCCAUAGGGAUCUCAAUGCCCAUCGUCACGGUGAUCUACAUCCUGACUAACGUUGCCUACUACACCGUGAUGAAUGCUGAAACCGUGCUGGCCAGUGAGGCUGUGGCUGUGACGUUUGCUGAUGAGAUGCUGGGCUGGGCUCGGUGGCUGAUCCCCCUGUCAGUGGCCAUCUCCUGUUACGGAGGACUCAACUCCUCCAUCAUCGCUGCCUCCAGGCUGUUCUUCGUGGGCUCCAGGGAGGGUCAUUUACCCAACGUCCUCUGCAUGAUCCACGUCAAGCGCUACACUCCCAUCCCAGCACUGCUCUUCAACGGCGGCAUGUCUCUGAUCUACCUGUGUGUGAAGGACGUGUUCCAGCUCAUCAACUACUUCAGCUUUAACUACUGGCUGUUCAUUGGUCUGUCCAUCGCCAGCCAGAUCUACCUCCGGGUCAAAGCUCCGGACAUGCACCGGCCCGUCAAGCUCUCCCUCUUCUUCCCCAUAGUGUACUGUCUAUGUAGUGUGUUCCUGGUGGUAGUACCUCUCUACAGUGAUACCAUCAACUCUCUGGUGGGUAUCGGGGUGGCUCUUUCUGGAGCGCCAGUCUACUACAUCUGUAUCCACCUGCCCCCCUCCUCCAGACCUGCCUUCCUGGGCAGGAUGCUCGACAGGAUCUCCCUGAACACCCAGAAGCUGUGUCUGUGCUGUGUGGUCUCACCUGACCUAGACCUGGACAACAUCCCUGAGGAGAAGCUGGAGUAAAAGGAGAGACUGAGCCAUAGGUGGAACAUACAGCCCACCAUCACAGCUACACUCCACCGCCCUCCUCAAGGCUUAUCGAUGAAGCAGUUUAUUCUCUUUUUUUCCAUGUUUUUAUUUAAUUGAUGUGAAUUGAUUUCCUAUGGGACUGCACAGUGAGUGUGUUGUGUUCAGUGCUAUGGUUGGCCUGAGGGAAGCCACUUUCUACUGCUGGUGACCUGCCACAUGCAAAACAGCACAAUGUAGUUCACGACUACUGGUUACACCUAUGGAUGCUGUCAAUUAUGGAAGUUGAACCAUUCAAAAAAAGCAAGAAAUCCAAAUGGAGAUUUCAACGGGACCUCCUACUGACCAUUUAGGACCUCCUACUGACCAAAGAUUGGGUUUGAAGUUAGUGGAUAUUGAAGUGUUUGUUGUUUUGUCUAGAUAUUGAAUGAGUUGGAUAUUAAAGUCAUGAUUUUUAUUUUUUUUAAGUUGGGGGGGGGGGGGGCUAAUCAAAGAUGCAUGUUCUAACCCAACCAUACUUUCCUGAGGCCAGGUGUGUGUGUGUGUAUGUGUGUGCUCGCAAAUUGCUUAUCAAUGACCUGUCUUUGACAGUUUUAGGUCCGUACUCUCCUAUACAAGGGUCACUGAAGAUUAUUCCAUCCACUUAGUGAUGUGUCGAGUGACUUAUGUACUGUAAGGAAACUGGCAUGGGUUGAGCCAUUAUGGAGUUGAAGUAAUGUUUAUUGGUGAACCGACUGAAUUAGAACAAAAUGUUUCCUAUUUGGUUCUUUAGUUGUCUCUACCAAGCUAAGCUAUUCUCCCUGAUAACUCACUCCUUCCCAUGACAAGAGAUUACUGUUUGUUGCCUUUUCCGUCCUGCCGUUUGUUUUAAAGCGUUAUUUAUCACCAGUUUGUCCUUGAUGGACUGACGACAGUCAUUUAGUUACUGUUGCCUUUAGGCCACUUUUGAUCUCACUUGGAUGCUAUCAUUCUAUAUGACAUCACCAGUUAUUCACAUUGUUACUGUUACCAUGGUUGUCCUAUUGAUGUCCAGAAAGUAACACGUAGGCCCAUGGAUUUUUUUAGAUAUUUUACGCUAAACCAGCGCUCUAAGCAAUACAGCCCGAGCGGGUGUGGUAUAUGGCCAAUCUACCACGGCUUAGGACUGUUCAUAGGCACGAUGCAACGCGGCCAUAUACCACAAACCCCCGAGGGGCAUUAUUGCUAUUGUCAACUGGCUACCAACAUAAAAAUAAACUCUUUUUUUUGAUACCCUUGGUGUACGGUCUGAUGUACCAUCAGCAUUCAAAGCUCAAACCACCCAGUUCAUAACACCUUUUAUCCUAUUCAUUAUGACACCCGUUAUCCUAUUCAUUAUGACACCUUUUAUCCUAUUCAUUAUAACACCCGUUAUCCUAUUCAUUAUGACACCCGUUAUCCUAUUCAUUAUGACACCCGUUAUCCUAUUCAUUAUGACACCUUUUAUCCUAUUCAUUAUAACACCCGUUAUCCUAUUCAUUAUGACACCCGUUAUCCUAUUCAUUACGACACCCGUUAUCCUAUUCAUUACGACACCCGUUAUCCUAUUCAUUACGACACCUGUUAUCCUAUUCAUUACAACACCCGUUAUCCUAUUCAUUACAACACCCGUUAUCCUAUUCGUUAUAACACCCGUUAUCCUAUUCAUUAUAACACCCGUUAUCCUAUUCAUUAUAACACCCGUUAUCCUAUUCAUUAUGACACCCGUUAUCCUAUUCAUUACGACACCCGUUAUCCUAUUCAUUACAACACCCGUUAUCCUAUUCGUUAUAACACCCGUUAUCCUAUUCGUUAUAACACCCGUUAUCCUAUUCGUUAUGACACCUGUUAUCCUAUUCGUUAUGACACCCGUUAUCCUAUUCAUUAUGACACCCGUUAUCCUAUUCAUUACGACACCCGUUAUCCUAUUCAUUAUGACACCCGUUAUCAAAUUUUAUUUGUCACAUACACAUGGUUAGCAGAUGUUAAUGCGAGUGUAGCGAAAUGCUUCUAGUUCCGACAAUGCAGUAAUAACCAACAAGUAAUCUAACUAACAAUUCCAAAACUACUGUCUUAUACACAGUGUAAGGGGAUAAAGAAUAUGUACAUAAAGAUAUAUGAAUGAGUGAUGGUACAGAGCAGCAUAGGCAAGAUACAGUAGAUGGUAUCGAGUACAGUAUAUACAUAUGAGAUGAGUAUGUAAACAAAGUGGCAUAGUUAAAGUGGCUAGUGAUACAUGUAUUACACAAGGAUGCAGUAGAUGCUAGAGUACAGUAUAUACGUAUACAUUUGAGAUGAAUAAUGUAGGGUAUGUAAACAUUAUAUUAGGUAGCAUUGUUUAAACUGGCUAGUGAUAUAUUUUACAUCAUUUCCCAUCAAUUCCCAUUAUUAAAGUGGCUGGAGUUGAGUCAGUGUGUUGGCAGCAGCCACUCAAUGUAACACCUGUUAUCCUAUUCCAAGGGUUGGCAACUUUUUUUGUCUUUUUUUUUUACUUUACUUUUUGGUGAAGGGGAAAAGUAAAAAUACUGUAAAAUCUGGAAUUCAGCAAAUUUAGUUUUAAAUUCUUAUUUGAAAAUAAAAUCUCUUCGGGCUUAGUAAUGCUCAAUUUGCAAACAUCGGAGCAAUACCCUUAGGACACAAAUCUAGUUAGCUUUCUCAGUCAGCGUUGAAGUCACCUACAGCGACAUGUUAACAGCACUCGAUAUUCAAAUUAGUAAAAUUUUACUGACACAUUUCAAACCAUAAGCCUUUCUGAAGAACCAAACUGACAGUUACUGAUGUAGAGAUGGGCAACUGUAUAAAGGAUAUGUCCAAUGUUGUUGUUUUUUAUACAAAACAUAAGCGUUUUUUACAAUUUUAGAUGGUUAUCCUAUUAAUUAAAUCUCAGCCAUAGACUUGUCAUGCAUGUCUCACUUUCAAUUGUUUUUUGUAAUCUUGUUUUAGACCUAGAAAACCUACAACAUACAGUUGAAGUCGGAAGUGUACAUACACCUUAGCCAAAUACAUUUAAACUAAGUUUUUCAGAAUUCCUGACAUUUAAUCCUAGUAAAAAUUCCCUGUCUUGGGUCAGUUAGGAUCACCACUUUAUUUUCAGAAUGUGAAAUGUCGGAAUAAUAGUUAUUUCUUUCAUCACAUUCCCAGUGGGUCAGGAGUUUACAUACACUCAAUUAGUAUUGGAUAGCAUUGUCUUUAAGUUGUUUAACUUGGGUCAAACGUUUCGGGUAGCCUUCCACAAGCUUCCCAGAAUAAGUUGGGUGAAUUUUGGUCCAUUCCUCCGGAUAGAGUUGGUGUAACUCUGGAGUCAGGUUUGUAGGCCUCCUUGCUCGCACACUUUUUUUUUUAUUUUUUUUUUAGGUCAGGGCUUUGUGAUGGCCACUCCAAUACCUUGACUUUGUUGUAAAUAAGCCAUUUUGCCACAACUUUGGAAGUAUACUUGGGGUCAUUGUCCAUUUGGAAGACCCAUUUGCAACCAAGCCUUAACUUCCUGACUGAUGUCUUGACAUGUUGCUUCAAUAUAUUCACAUAAUUCUCCUCCCUCAUGAUGCCAUCUAUUUUGUGAAGUGCACCAGUCCCUCCUGCAGCAAAGCACCCCCACAACAUGAUGCUGCUUCACAGUUGCGAUGGUGUUCUUCGGCUUGCAAGCCUUCCCCUUUUUCCUCCAAACAUACGGUCAUUAUGGCCAAACAGUUCUGUUUUUGUUUCAUCAGACCAGAGGACAUUUCUCCAAAAAGUAAGAUCUUUGUCCCCAUGUGCAGUUACAAACCGUAGUCUGGCUUUUUUUAUGGCGGAAUUGAAGCAGUGGCUUCUUCCUUGCUGAGCGGCCUUUCAGGUUAUGUCGAUGUAGGACUCGUUUUACUGUGGAUAUAGAUACUUUUUGUACCUGUUUCCUCCAGCAUCUUCACAGGGUCCUUUGCUGUUGUUCUGGGAUUGAUUUGCACUUUUCACAGCAAAGUACGUUCAUCUCUAGGAGACAGAACGCGUCUUCUUCCUGAGUGGUAUGACGGCUGCAUGGUCCCAUGGUCUUUAUACUUGUGUACUAUUGGUUGUACAGAUGAACGUUGUACCUUCAGGCAUUUGGAAAUUGAUCACAAGGAUGAACCAGACUUGUGGAGGUCUACAAUUCUUUUCUUUUUCUGAGGUCUUGGCUGAUUUCUUUUGAUUUUCCCAUGAUGUCAAGCUAAGAGACACUGAGUUUGAAGGUAUGCCUUGAAAUACAUCCACAGGUACACCUCCAAUUGACUCAAAUGAUGUCAAUUAGCCUAUCAGAAGCUUCUAAAGCCAUGACAUAAUUUUCUGGAAUUUUUCAAGCUGUUUAAAGGCACAGUGAACUUAGUGUAUGUAAACUUCUGACUCACUGGAAUUGUGAUACAGUGAAAUAAUCUGUAAACAAUUGUUGGGAAAAUUAUUUGUCAUGCACAACUUGCCAACAAGAAUUUGGUGGAGUGGUUGAAAAAUGAGUUUUCAUGACUCCAACCUAAGUGUAUGUAAACGUCUAACUUCAACUGUAUUUUUGGUAGGAUUCAAUGCCACAUGUGCAUCCAUGUCAUUUUAAUUGAACAUUCUGUCAGCUGUGUUCUUUAAGAAGAACGCAACAUCUUCUUUACUGUCCAAUUCGUUAAGACAAUGGACCAAAUAUUACAGCUACUGGCCGGGACAUAUUGGACUAAUAUGCAUUAUAUAGUGUUACAUGAACUCAUCAGAGGUGGUUGAGGGACAGUGAAUGGCACGACAAUUGGCCUCCGGAUCUCGUCAUGGUAUCUUAGUGCAAUUAAAUUGCCAUUGAUAAAAUGCAAUUGUGUUCGUUGUCCGUAGCUUAUGCCUGCCCAUACCGUAACCCCACCGUCACCAUGGGGCACUCUGUUCACAACGUUGACAUCAGCAAACUGCUCACCCACGCGACGCCAUACACGUGGCCUGCGGCAUUGAGGCUGGUUAGACGUACUGCAAAUUUCUCUAAAAUGAUGGAGGCGGCCUAUGGUAGAAAUGAACGUUCAAUUGUCUGGCAACAGCUCUCAUGGACAUUCCUGCAGUCAGCAUUCUAAUUGCACACUCCCUCAACUUAAGACAGCUGUGGCAUUGUGUUGUAACGUAACUGCACAUUUGUGUCCUUUUUAUUGCCCCCAGCACAAGGUACACCUGUGUAACAAUCAUUCUGUUUAAUCAACUUCUUAAUAUGCCACACCGGUCGGGUGGAUGGAUUAUCUUGGCAACGGAGAAAUGCUAACUAACAAGGAUGUAAACCAAAUAUGUUCAACAUUUGAGAGAAGGUUUUGUGUGUAUGGAAAAGUUCUGUAAUCUUUUAUUUCAGUUUAUGAAACAUGGGACCAACACUUUAUAUAUUGCAUUUUUCAGUGUACAUAUGUGGUCAAUGGCAUCUUGACAUUUUGCUUUAAUGUAACUUUUUCUCUUAUUCCAUCCAGAGCUGUUGACAGGUUAAGAGACUUGCGGAAUCAAAUUCAUUUGUCUUACAUGAACUGAUUUGUGCAAUGUAAACAAUUCCACGGAUGUAUGGCUGCCAUUUUAAUGUCUCUAGAGUCUUUCUGAUGUAACUUUUGAUUGUUGUCAGUGGGCAGAUCAAAAAAAGUGGAACGUUAGACCCAUCUGCCUAGCAUUAUAUGUUACUCUUGGUGACGUCAAUUAUCUUCCACUGCUGGUGGGUUUGGCAACUUUGCCUUUUUCAAAAAUGUUUUUUUUUUAACUCAAUGUGCAUGACUGUAUUCAAAACUGGGGACAUUUUUAAAGAUUAACUCACCAACUUGAUACAGUCCAUCCAUAGGACUGUAUUUCCUACCAUCAUUCCUGACUCAUGGGGUUGUAUACAGAAAGACUUGUAAAGAAACAUGCUAACUUUGCAAUGAUCGAUCAACACUUUAAAAGGACCAUCACUUUACAGAACAACAUAGGCAUUUCUGCCUCAAUCUUUAGUACUGGUGCACUGGAUUCUUUUAGUAGGAAUGUUAUAUUUGGGUGUCUGAACUUUGAAUUUUAUUUAUUGUGUGUGGGGGGGGGGGGGAGACUAAUCAAUCAGUGGUGUACAGUUUCUCUGGUUCAUCUUUUUGGAGUACUAAUAUAUAUACACACACACUAAGUGUGGUGCAAAUUCAUUACCAUUAAGAACUUCCCAUGGCAGACUGACCAGGUGAAAGGUAUGAUCCCUUAUUGAUGUCACUUGUUAAAUACACUUCAUUCAGUGUAGAUCAAGGGGAGGAGACAGGUUAAAGGAUUUUUAAGCCUUGAGACAUGGAUUGUGUAUGUGUGCCAUUCAGAGGUUGAAUGGGCAAGACAAAAGACUUCAAGUUCCUUUUAAGUAGGUGCCAGGCCUACUGGUUUGUGUCAACUGCAACAUUUCUGGGGUUUUCAAGCUCAACGGUUUCCCGUGUGUAUCAAAAAUGGUCCAGCACCCAGAGGACAUCCAGUCAACUUGACACAGCUGUGGGAAGCUUUGGCGUCAACAUUGUCCACCCUCCCUGUGGAAGGCUUUUGACACCUUGUAGAGUGCAGGGGGUGCAGCCUUCUAUGUAGUUGUAAUGCACAAGAUGUAUUACGUGGAAGCUGCAGUAUGGUUGUGUUAGCCUGGUCCCAGAUCUGUUUGUGGUGUCUUGCCAGCUCUUAUGAAACCAGGUUAUGGUGGUGUGUCCUUGAAGUUGUUCCUCUCAUACCAGUCCCUUAUACUCAUCACUUCAUCCUUCAGAUCAUUUCACUGAACUAUUCUCAUUCCGUUCUUACAUUGCAUUCCAAUUCUGUUUGCUCAAGUUGUCCAUGUUACGGUCUUGCCAUUCAAUCCUAUACAGCUGGUUGUGGUCAAUAUGUUGUGGCUUAUUGUAUCUAUCUACAGUAUAUGGUCCAUUGACGGUCAAGUUCGAGUCACUCCUCGUAGAGGUUCGGUAAUGGUCCUGUUGAUGUGUACAUGUUGAGUCAUUAUUCCAGUUUGAGUCUUAGUCAGUCUGCUUUGUACCAUUUGUAUUAGUUCAAUUUUAUGAUGGAGAAAUGUACAGUGCACCAAAUGACAAACAAGCUUUAUAAUGGAAGGAGAUAUACUUUGGUAUUUUAAAUGAUUCAGAUGUGACGUGGAAUUAAAAUGUAAUAAAUACAAUUCUGAACUAUGA